GAACUUUCACUGAUCCAUUUCACAGCAACAAAGCAGUGAUGAUCAGAGCAAUUGAUGUCUGGCGGAGAACGCAUCGCAGUUCCCUCCUCACCGGAACCCUAGCACCGAAGCACCAAUCUCCAUCACCUUCGCAGUCAUCUUGUCUUUCUCCGAUUUAUGUUCUAUCUUUAACGUUCGCUACUUCGUCAUUGAAGAAGCAGAAGAACAAGGAGGAGGACCCGUAUGAUUUUCUAAACAAGGACCCAACGAGCCCCCCUCGGCUCUUAGUGGUUCAGCCUCGCCUCCGCCCAGAAAAAUACUUUCAGGCUAAGCUCAACGAAGCUCUCUGCCUCGCCAAUUCCUUGGAGGAACAGCGAGAUGGGUACUUCCAUAUUGACUUCUUCAACAAGGACUUACCUCCACAAGUCAUUGUACAAAACCCGGUUAUGUCUUCUAAGCCCCGAGCAGAUUCUUAUUUUGGACGUGGGACUGUAGAAACUAUCAAAUGCCAUCUAACUGCUGAAACAAAGGGUGAAGUCGAUGCUGUUUUUGUAAAUGCUCUUCUAUCUGGAAUUCAGCAGCGAAACUUGGAGCGAGCUUGGGGCAAACCGGUACUGGAUCGAGUUGGCCUUAUAAUUGAGAUUUUUAAUGCUCAUGCUCAUUCAAAGGAAGCGAAGCUGCAGGCUGAAUUAGCUGCUCUUAUGUAUAAAAGGAGUAGGCUUGUUAGAGUUCGUGGUUCUGAUGGACGCUCUACUUUUGGAGCGGAUGGUGAUAUUGAAGUUGUUAGUGCGCGAGGGAGAGGAAGUGGAGGCCGUGGCUUUAUAAGUGGUGCUGGAGAAACUGAACUUCAGCUUCAACGAAGAAGAAUUACGGAAAGACGGAAUACUCUGUUAUCGCAAAUUGAAGAGGUCCGUCGUACUCGAGCUUUGCAACGUGCUGCUCGGAAGAAGCAAGGUGGAUUACAUGAUAAAAAAUUAGUAACGGUUGCUGUUGUAGGGUACACCAAUGCUGGGAAAUCUACAUUAGUCAGUACACUUUCAAAUAGUGAUUUGUACAGCGAUGAUCGAUUGUUUGCUACAUUGGAUCCCAGAUUGAAGAGUGUUGUUCUUCCUUCAGGUGAUCUAAUUAAACAUCCAAUACUCAGGAGGAAAGUGCUUCUUAGUGAUACUGUUGGAUUUAUAUCAGAUUUACCUCUGCAGUUAGUAAAAGCAUUUCAUGCAACCUUGGAAGAAGUGGUGGAGGCUGAUCUCCUAGUGCAUGUCUUAGAUUGCACUGCCCCGAAUCUUGAUGAGCAUCGGUCUACUGUGCUGCAAGUUCUUCGACAGAUAGGAGUUUCAGAUGAGAAGCUUCAGAAUAUGAUUGAAGUCUGGAAUAAGAUUGAUUAUGAAGAAGAGGAAGCGAACGCUGAUGAAUAUCUUAAUGAUGGUGGAGAUGCCGAGGCAGAAAACAGUAGCAUGGCGUCCGAGCUAUCAGAUGAAGGGUCCAUUGAUGACAAUGUUUCUGCUGCUGAUGAUAAUGCAUCCGAGUUACUACAUGGAGAUCUUGAGCAGAUAGACAACAAGCAAGAUGAUACCUCUAAUGACUGGCUAUUGGCAGAGGAUGAUGAUGAGAACUUUGCGUAUUGGAAUAACCCAAGCGAGUCGCUUAGCUCCCAGAUGACAGGAAAAGAUGAAUGUGAAGCUCAGCUUGAUCCAGAUGUCAAAAUAUCUGCCAUUUCAGGAGUUGGCUUGCAACAACUGCUGGAAAUCAUUGAUGAAAGGCUGAAGACCCAGGAUGAGAUGGCGAAGGCAAAUAAUGUGGUCGAAAGGAGUUUGUUUGACAGAAAAUGGAGACCCUCUCGUACAGAAGAGGCGAGCGUAGCUGUUGAGAACUAGCACCAAUUGUGUGGACUGACUUUUCGUGAAACAAAUGUAAUAUUUUCUUGUAAUUGUUUGCAGGCAUUUGAUUUGCUAAAGUGAAAAAAAGAGACAUUUAUGUGUUUGAUUGCAAACUAUGAAAAUAAAUUUAAGGACAAAUAAAUGAAAACAAAUUUAUAAUUUA